UUGCCCGCGGAGAUCUCGCGAGGCCGGGCGGCGGGGCCGCGAUUGGCUCUCGCAGGCUGUGAAUGUAAGAUGGCGUCGAGGGAGCUGUGAGGCGAAAAUAAUCUAUCCGAGAGGAAUAAAGCGUCGAGGCGGCCGGAGGGCUCCAGCAGAAGCAGCAGCGGGACCCAGGCCGCCGGGCGUGAGGUGGCGGAGGACGGAGGAGGUGGCGGCGGCUGCGGGGCCGGAGCGGGCUGUGCGCUGGGGACGGGCUGCCUCCAGACAGCGGGGAGGACUUCAGCGUGAGCUAUGAAUAAUUCUUUGGAGAACACCAUUUCAUUCGAAGAGUAUAUCCGCAUGAAGGCCCGAACGGUCCCGCAGCACAGGAUGAAAGAAUUCCUGGAUUCCUUGGCUGCUAAAGGGCCCGACGCCUUGCAAGAAUUUCAUCAGCCCCCUAGCAGCACCAUGGUGUAUCAGCAGGGCAACUGUAUUUACACGGAUAGCACAGAAGUGGCCGGAUCCCUCCUCGAACUGGCUUGUCCUGUAACUACGAGCGUUCAACAGCAGAGCCAACAAGAGUCGCAAAUCCAAGUUCAAUCCCAGCAGGUGCAGAUUCCCGAAGCGCUCAUCAGGCCUUGGAUUCUCCACCCUGCCCCCCAGCUGAAUCGAAUCAACCUCUCCCCCGAGGGGUCCCAGGACUCUGGUAUUUCAGAAGAUUUGUUGGUGCAGCAGUCCCCCCAGCAGGUCACAGCCCAGCAACUUUCCCCACAGCUCAAUGUCCAUCAGUCUAACGAACAGCCAAUCCAAGUACAGAUCCAGGGCUCGUCUCAGAGUCAGCAGGGCGCACAGACGAUACAAAGCUCCAGCCCUUCACAGCAACUUUCUAACUCCCAGUUACAGGUGUCCCAGAUUCAGGUGCAGCAGAUGCAGGAGGAUCACAUGCAGCACCAGCAGAUGCAGAUGGUGGGUGGUGGUAUUCAGAUACAGACGGCAGGAGCUCUUUCACCACCACCCCAGCAGCAAGGUUCUCCCAGGGAGGGAGAGCGGCGAUCUGGCUCUUCAGGCGUCCUUCAGCCCGUAAAGAAACGCAAGGUGGACAUGCCCAUCACUCUGUCGUAUGCAAUUUCGGGGCAGCCGCUUGCAGCUGUUCUGGCAAUCCCACAAGGCCAGCAGCAAAGUUACGUAUCUCUGAGGCCAGACUUGCUGACGGUGGACAGUGCCCAUCUUUAUGGGGCCACAGGCACCAUUACAAGCCCAACAGGAGAGACUUGGACCAUCCCGGUUUACUCUGCAAACACUCGCAGUGACUUACAGCAGCAGAACAUAACUCACAUUGCCAUCCCACAAGAGGCUUACAAUACCGUCCACGUAACAGGCUCUCCCACCACUGUGACUGCGGUGAAGUUAGAGGAUGACAAGGACAAAAUGGGGAAAAAUACGCACGAGGAAGUGGUUCAGACUCUGGCAAACUCCCUGUUCCCGGCUCAGUUUAUGAAUGGGAAUAUCCACAUUCCGGUGGCUGUACAGGCGGUGACGGGGGCAUAUCAGAACACAGCACAGACUGUCCACAUAUGGGACCCACAGCAGCAGACCACGCUACACGAGCACCUUCAGCAGCAGCAUCAUCAUCAUCAGCUACAGACUCAAUCCGUUCAAGUUGCAGAGGUAGAGCCACCGCCUCAGCCCUCACCCGAACUUAUGUUACCAAAUUCCCUGAAACCACAUGAGGGUCUGGAGGUAUGGAAGAGCUGGGCACAGACAAAAAAUUCGGAGCUGGACAAGGAGUCUCAGAACAGACUGGCACCGAUAGGAAGGCGCCAGCUAUUGCGGUUUCAGGAAGAUCUCAUAUCCUCGGCUGUCGCAGAAUUGAAUUAUGGGCUGUGUCUUAUGACAAAAGAAGCGCACAAUGCGGAGGGGGAGCUCUACGAUCCCGAUGUACUGUAUUAUAUUUUCCUUUGCAUUCAGAAGUACCUGUGUGAGAAUGGCAGGGUAGAUGAUAUAUUUUCAGAUCCGUACUACAUCAAGUUCACCGAGUGGCUCCACGGGAGCCUGAGGAUAUUUCAACCAAGAGUCACACCCCUUGGAUUUGUAAUUCCCAGCCAUGUAACGGAAGAAAUGCUUUGGGAGUGCAAACAGCUGGGGGCACAUUCCCCGGCCACGCUACUCACUACUCUUAUGUUUUUUAACACAAAGUAUUUUUUGUUGAAGACCGUUGACCAGCACAUGAGAUUGGCUUUCUCCAAGGUUCUGAGACAAACUAAAAAGAAUCCUUCCAACCCAAAGGAUAAGAGCACGAGCAUCCGCUACCUGAAGGCGCAUGGAAUCCACCAGACCGGGCAGCAGAAAGGUUUCCCAGUCACAGACGACAUGUACGCAGAGCAGACGGAGAAUCCGGAAAAUCCACUGCGAUGCCCCAUUAAACUUUAUGAUUUCUACCUCUUCAAAUGCCCACAGAGCGUGAAAGGUCGAAAUGACACUUUUUAUCUGACACCGGAGCCUGUGGUGGCCCCUAACAGUCCAAUCUGGUACUCCACCCAGCCAAUCAGCAGAGAGCAGAUGGAACAGAUGCUGACCCGAAUUUUGAUCAUCCGUGAAAUCCAGGAGGCCAUUGUGGUCGCCAACGCCACCAACAUGCACUAAACAAAUGUGGAGGAAAUGUGACCCAGUGAAAAGACAUGUACAGACUUUUACACUAAAAGAAGAUGCCUAACUUUUUUUUCUUUUUUCUUUUUUUUAAUUGGUGUAGUGAUGAAGCCCUUUUAGGCUUCUGUUUAAAAUAAAGUAUAAGACAUUCAGAUGUGCAUCUCAAACGAUUAAAAUUUAUGGUCAAGUAUUCAGAGCUCCAAGUUGCAGAAGAAUCUGGAUGUCUCUGUACGAUCGGCAUAAGGCGGGGGGGUCCGCAAGCCGCGUGUAGACAAAAUACGUUUUGUCUACAUGUAUUUCAUGGGGUAACAAGAUGGACUUUUGUGAAAGGAGUUGACUAUUUUCUUGCUACUCUAUUUAAAGACUUGUAUUCUGUUUUCGCUAGGAGGGAAAACUCUUUAAUUUUUAUAUUAUGAAGUGUAUACAAAUAUUUCUGAGGGGAAGAAAAAAAAAUACACAUAAGCCUAAAUAUAUCAACUUUUCCUCUGGCCCAAAUAUCAAGGCCUUAAAACUGCAGGCGUCUGAGCCUUUUGUAAAUUUAUUGUAAAAUAUUCUUGUGUAUCUGCAGAUAUAUCCAUAUUUCUCCAUUUGUUCUUAAUGCUCUUUGUUUUAUUAAGAAUGACAAGCAUGUCUUUUUAACAUG